AUGGCCGGGACCGGCUGGGCCCCGCCGCGCCUCGAUGAGUUCAUCCUCACCGAGCCCCUCGGCUCCGGCACGUACGCCACCGUCUACAAGGCCUACAGGAAGAGGGACACGCGUGAGGUGGUGGCCAUCAAAUGCGUCAACAAGAGGAGCCUGAACCGGGCGUCGGUGGAGAACCUGCUGACAGAGAUCGAGAUCCUCAAGACCAUCCGCCAUCCCAACAUUGUGGAGCUCAAGGACUUCCAGUGGGACAGUGACCACAUCUACCUGAUCAUGGAGUUCUGUGCCGGAGGGGAUCUCUCCCGCUUCAUCCGGACGCGCCGGAUGCUCCCCGAGAAGGUGGCACGCGUCUUCCUGCAGCAGCUCGCCUGCGCCCUGAAGUUCCUCCACGAUCGCAACAUCUCCCACCUGGACCUGAAACCGCAGAACAUCCUCCUGAGCUCCCCGGAGAGCCCCCAGCUGAAGCUGGCAGAUUUCGGCUUUGCUCAGUACAUGUCCCCGUGGGAUGAGAAGCACGUGCUGCGUGGCUCCCCGCUCUACAUGGCCCCUGAGAUGGUGUGUCGGCAGCACUACGACUCCCGCGCGGACCUGUGGUCCGUGGGUGUCAUCCUUUACGAAGCACUUUUUGGAAAGCCGCCCUUCGCUUCCCGCUCCUUCGCCGAGCUGGAGGAGAAGAUCCGCAGCGACCGGGCCGUGGAGCUUCCCAGCCGGCCCCAGCUCUCUCUGGAAUGCCGGGAUCUCCUUGGACAGCUGCUGGAGAGGGACCCUCGGAAGCGCAUCUCCUUCGAGUGCUUCUUUGCCCACCCCUUCGUGGACAUGGAGCACAUCCCCGGCCCCGAGAGCCUGGGCAAGGCGACCGAUCUGGUGGUGGAGGCAGUGAGGAAGGAUCAGGAGGGAGACGCCAGUGCCGCCUUCUCCCUGUACCGCAAAGCCCUGGAGUAUUUCGUGCCAGCGCUGCACUAUGAAAGCGAUGCUCGGCGCAAAGAAGCCAUCCGGGCCAAGGUGAGGCAGUACAUCUCCCGAGCAGAGGAGCUGAAGGUGUUGGUCACCUCCAGCAACAAGAGCCUCCUGGAGAAAGGAAACCCGACCAGAGAGCUCCUUAAAGAGAUGGCCAAGGACAAGCCUCGGCUCUGCGCGGCGCUGGAAGUGGCUUCGGCUGCCAUCGCCAAGGAGGAGGAAGGCCGGGAUGACAGUGACGCCCUGGAGCUGUACCAGCAGAGCUUGGGGGAGCUGCUGCUGCUCCUGGCCGCGGAGCCGGCGGGGCGGCGGCGGGAGCUGCUCCAUGCCGAGAUCCAGACCCUGAUGGCCCGAGCCGAGUACCUGAAGGAUCAGAUCAAGAUGCGGGAGGCACAAUCCAUGGGCAAAGAGGCGCUGGCAGAGUCCGUCCGGAGCGGCUGUACCUUGCAGUGACUCCCGGGAGCUGCCCGCUGCUCACCGCCCUGCCAGGACACGCCGGCGCCAAGACGAGGCUUCUGUCCCCGCCACCAGGGUGACACCUGGAGGGUCACCUCGGGCUCCCAGCCCCGGGGGCUCCACAGGGACAUCUGCCCCUCUCCCAGGCGCUGGCUCCUUUCCCUGCCAGCCCUGCCUCUCCCGUCUGCUGCUGCAGCCUCCCCUGCCACGGCGACCGGGUUAUUCCACUCUAAUUCCCUCCGCUGGCUGCUGUGGGAAGGGUAUUUUUAUCCUGGCCCUGGGCUCUGGCAGGACAUCCCCCCUGCCUUUUUGGCUGGGUGGUUCUUCCGCCUCCCAAAUUCCUGGGGAGCCCACACGGCCCAGGUCCACAAAUCCGGCCGGGCGCUGAGGGUGGACAGGGAUGCUCCGCUGUGCCUUCCUCGCCCAGCAUCUACCUCUGCAUCCACUGCUGCUCGUCCAGCACCCACUGCACUGUCCCAGCCCAGCCAGAGCUCCCUGCCUCUCACUGCUGGAGCAUUGGGAAUGAGGCUUUUCCUUCCUGAACCUGGAGCGUGACAGCUUCUGGCUGCAUCAUCGGUGUCACGACGGUGAGCAGUGCUCAGCAGGGACCCGCUGAGUCGGGCACGAGCAGCGAUCAGUCACCUUCAGGGAGGCACUCUCAGCAUCCUGCCUGCCCCCCUCCACUCCUCAGGACCCCCAGCAUCCCAGUGGUGUUCCCAGGAGUCACUGGUACAAGGUGCUGAGGUUUCCUGUCCUGCAAAACAAGGUACUUGUCUCAAAAUCUACUGUAUCUCAAGGGAAUGUAAUUUAUUGUCUUUAAUAAACUUUAAUUUUGAUUUCUC